AUGGGUUCUGCAACGUACGACUAUAUCAUCGUUGGAGGUGGCCUUUCGGGCUGCGUCCUCUCAAGCCGCAUUCAACAGUACGAUAACACAGCAAAGAUUAUACUCAUAGAAGCUGGGGAGGAUACACGAGACCGGCCAGAUGUACAAAACAUGCAGGUUAUGAACCUAGGCGGUGAUUUGGACUGGCAGUACGAAUCCGAACCUGUUGCUGCACUCUCUGAUCGCCGCAUUACUCUCAACUCCGGCAAAGGCCUGGGCGGUAGCUCAUCAAUCAACUCUGGCGGAUGGACUCGUGGCUCUGCAGCAGACUAUGACGAGUGGGCAUCGUUGGUAGACGAUGACCGCUAUAGUUACAAAGGCCAGUUGCCCUGGUUCAAGAAGUCGGAGCAUUGGUUUGAUGAUAAGAAUCCCCAGCAGCACGGCCAAAACGGGCCAAUUCAUGUCACCUGUGCAAAAGCGACGAACCGCCUCUUCCCACUUGCCGAGCAAGCUGCUGCUGGAUGGGAAGAGCUCGGUGUCCGCACACUCCCGAAUGGCGAUCAAAACACUGGGGAUAACCUCGGACGUGCUUACAUAUGCGAGGCCAGAUCUGAUGGGAAGCGUCAGUGGUCUGCUGACCAGUACCCGCUAGGUACAGUUGAAGUUCGAUUUGAGACCUUUGUCAACAAAGUCAUUUUGCAAAAGCUUGACGGAAAGCUCAAGGCAACUGGGGUUGAAUUAGCUGAUGGAAGCACAAUUGAUGGAGAGAACAUCAUUCUUUCCGCUGGAGCGCUCCGAUCCCCUCAACUCCUUCAGCUAUCUGGCAUUGGUCGUAGCUCCGAUCUACAACAGUAUGGAAUCGAGUCGCUUGUCGAUCUUCAAGAUGUAGGCCAAAACCUGUCUGACCACAUGCUGUUUUUCCAGCAUUGGCGUCUGCAGGAUCCUUCGGCCGGCCACACAAUUGGAUCAGCCAAUCCCCUUUUCACACAACCGCAGUACUCGCAGGGAGUGCCAUACGACUGGAUUGUUACCACCAGUGUUUCAAGCGAGGGUCUGGCCAAGGCCAUCGAGAAGGAUGAAGGCACAGUGCCUGAUGAUUCCACGCACCCUCUUCUUGGCAAGAAGCGCACAUUCCUUGAGAACAUCGUCCUCUUUGCCAAACUUCCAUUCCCAGGUGUACCCGCGGAUGCUGAACACAUCACGAGCGCGGUAGUGAGUCUAUUACCUACAUCGAAGGGAUCUGUGUCAUUGAGCUCAGGAAAACCUGAUCAAAAUCCCAAGGUGAACCUUAACUAUCUCGAAACCGAGGUUGAUAAACAUGUCUUUCGUGAAGGCUUGCGUCAGCUGACAAAGUUCAUGCUCCAAUCCAAGUUCAGUGAGAAUAUUGUUGGCGAAUCAGUACCAGAAGGCCUUCCUGCGGAAGCUCUCACAUUGGACGAUACUGACGAAAAGCUGGACCAAAGACUGGCUAUGACAAGCGGAACUACAUGGCACCCUUCUGGAACUUGUUCCAUGGGUAAGGUGGUGGAUACAGAGUUUCGUGUAAAGGGAGUCGAAGGUCUCCGAGUUGUCGAUGCGUCGGUUAUCCCUGUGCCAUUGAGUGCGCAUAUUCAAGCACCUCUUUAUGCACUUUCCGAGCAGGCUGCGGCUAUAAUCACGGGAAAAGCCUAA